AUGUCCGCCCCGAAAGAUUAUACAGCCGUAAUUCACCCAGUGACACCAUUACCAUCAUCUAAUGGCGCAAACCAUCAAAAUCCCAUCUCAACCGGCGAGAAGAGUGACGCUGGUCAUGGCGUGAACCAAGCAACAUCCUGGAAACCUACAUUCAUUCGCCAGCAGAGCUGGAAUAGUCAAGAUCUGAAGCGGGAGCUCCGGGAUCUGAAUGAACGAGCGUGGGCUGGAGAAAGCGAUAUUUUCGAGGUUAGCAAGUCGUUAGACUCGUCGCUCAAGAAGAACACCGCCUUUAUCAAGCGUCUUCGCACUGGUAUUACCGCAUCUGCGCUCGCCACCUUCCUCACUGAGAUUCGUACUCUGUCGCUACACAAGUAUCUUUCUGAAAUCAUCUCGGCAUGCUACGAAGGUUUGUGCAAAUUGAAGUCUCCAGGCGAGGUCGCGGCUGGUGUUGAAAUCGUAAGCGCAUUACACCAGAGGUUCGGGCCGAAUGAAUUCACGAAACAGAUCGGAUGGCUGCUGGGGCGAGGAUUGAGUUCACCAGACAAAUCGCAACUUAAAGCGCUCAGUCAGGAUGUCCGCGAGAGAGAGGAGAAGGAGCGUUUAUCGCGACACCGAGUUCUACUUCGUGUGGUUACGGAAUUGUGGCUUGUGAAGUUCUUGAAAACACUGGAUGACAUCGAGCGCCCGGACGACCUCGGUGCCAAGAGCAAAGAUGCCAGUUCAAGCGCUGGUGGGAAGGUCAUGGAUGGCCCAUCCAGAACUAGAACUGUGGCCAAAAGCGAUCAGGACAAGGAAGCUGACCCGUAUCCCUUGGAAGUCUUAAAAGACCUUUUAGGCCAUGACAGGGACCACACGAACCUUCCUCUUGCCGUCCUUUUCGUGAAGACUUUUAGCUGGGAUAUCUUAGGAGUGAAGCCCGCUGAAGAAGGUCGUAAAAAUGUCGACGCAGAUGGCACGACUACCGCCGCGGAGGGCGGUGUUCCUCCGGUUGAAGAGGCCAACGGAGACGCCGCAAAUGAGCCACCGCUAGCCUCUGAGAAACUACAAUCGCGCUUUAGAAAUAUCCUCACUCGGUACUUGGAAGACGUGAAAACGCAUGUGGCUCGCGAUCAAAAGGCACUCAGUGCUCAGAGUCGUCGCAACGCCGAAGCGUACGUCAAAAGUGGCGAAAUUUUCGAGGAUCGACAGGCAAAUUUUGAGAAGCAAUCUAAAGCGCAUGAGAAACUAGUUGCCAAUACACAUGUUAUGUGUGAAAUACUUGGAGUUGAAAUGCCUAAUCUGGUUGACAAGGAGGCAGCAGACUCUUCAACAAGUGGGGCAAUUGGCCUUGUCAAGACCGCUGAAUAUCUCCGUGGGCAAGGUGAUGGAGCAGGCAUUUGGGAAGACGAGGAUGAGCGACGAUUCUACGAGAAUCUUGCAGAUCUUAAGGGGAAAGUGCCUGCUGUGCUCUUGGAAGAUGGCAAGAAAAAGAAAGGCGACGCCGACGACCAAGCGAAAGGACAAGACAUCUCGGAGAAAGCAGAUACUGUGACUGAUGUAUCUACGAUAGAGGGGAAGCCUGCCGAAGCUGAUAGUGAGUCAGUCGCAGUAGUUAACAAAACCGUUGGAGCCCAGGUAGAUGCGCUUCUGGUCAAACUUCCCGACUUGCAAAACAAGGAUCAAGUGGAUCAACUUGCGCUAGACUUCUGCUUCUUGAACUCUAAAGCAUCUCGGAACCGACUCAUCAAGGCUAUACAGGAUAUUCCUAAGGGUCGUACCGAUCUACUGCCUUUCUAUUCCCGCCUCGUGGCUACCCUUGGUCAGCAUAUGCCUGAUGUCCCCCAGGGAUUAAUCACAUAUCUGGAUGAAGAGUUCAGAAGCUUGCAGCGUCGCAAACAAAAGGAAUUUCUCGGACAGGUCAGAAUGAUCAAUAUACGAUACCUGGCUGAAUUGACCAAAUUUGGCGUCGUUCCCGAACAUGUCAUUUUCCACUGUCUUAAAGUGUGUCUAGACGACUUCUCUCGUACAAACAUAGAGAUAAUGGGCAACCUGCUCGAGAAUUGCGGCCGUUAUCUACUACGAAGCCCGGAAACAUCACCAAGAAUGGCAUCAUUCUUGGAAACGCUGGGUCGCAAGAAAGCUGCCACUCAUCUGGGCCAGCAGGAACGAAUGAUAAUCGAGAAUGCUAUGUAUUAUGUUGACCCUCCGGAGCGGCCUGCUAUUCGACAAAAAGAGCGUACGCCAAUGGAGCUGUAUAUUCGGAAGUUGCUAUAUCUGGAUAUGAACAAACGCAACUAUACCAAGAUACUAAAAUCUAUCAGAAAACUUCACUGGGAAGAGUCAGAGGUUGUUGAUAUCCUUGAGCGCGUCUUCAGCAGGCCGAAUAAGGUAAAGUACGGCAACAUUCAUUUGUUGGCCAUUCUCGCUAGUGCGCUAUACCGCUAUCAUCAAGAAUUCGUCAUUGGCGUUGUGGAUAAUGUUCUCGAGGCCAUCACGUUGGGACUGGAGCAGAAUGAUUUCAAGUUCAACCAGAAGCGUGUCGCGGAAGUCAAAUAUCUCGGAGAACUCUACAACUACAAAAUGAUCGAUUCUCCAGUAAUAUUUGAUGCUCUGUACCGCAUAGUUGCAUUUGGACAUGAACAUGGAACUCCAACCCCGGGAAAAAUAAAUAUCCUUGACAUGCCGGACGAUUUUUUCCGUAUUCGCCUUGUUUGCACAGUACUCGACACAUGUGGUGUUUGCUUUGACCGUGGAUCGGCUAAGAAGAAGCUUGAUUUUUUCCUCACCUUCUUUCAGUAUUACAUCUUCACUAAGGAUCCGCUGCCUAUGGAUGUCGAAUUUCUCAUUCAAGAUACUUACUCUCUAGUUCGUCCUCAGUGGAAAGUCGCGCCUGAUCUUGAAGAAGCAGGACGAUUGUUCAGCGAAGCCAUUGCCCAGAAUUAUAAAGUCCAGGAUGGCGAUAAAGGUGCCGAGGUAGAGGACGAUGACGUUGAAAGUAUCUCGUCUGAUGCGAACGGCGAGGAAGGCCUUGAUGAAGAUGGUGUUCCUGAUAUUGACGACGCGCAAUCCUCGACUGAUGAAGUCGAACCUUUCGGUCAAAAUAUAGACCAAGAUGGUGAAGGCGUUGAAUCGGAAUCAGAAGACGAGAAGAUAUUUGUUUCCCGCCAGGAAGAAGAGAGAGACCCUGAGGCGGAGGCCGAUUUUGACCGGGCUUUUGAGAAAAUGAUGGCCGAAAGCAUGGAAGGUAGAAGAUUUGAGCGGAAGACUCUAUUCGACAUUCCCCUUCCUAUGCGGCCGUCUCGCCGGGAUCCCACCGCAGGUGAGGAGCCAUCGACAGAGACGCAGCAACCGCCUAAUACUAUGGCAUUCUCCCUGAUGACGAAAAAGGGCAACCGACAGCAGACUCGCACGAUUGAGUUGCCGUCAGACUCCAGCUUUGCAGUCGCCAUGAAAACGCAACAGCAGGCGGAUCGAGAGGAGCAGCAACGUAUCAAGAAUCUCGUCCUAAGCUAUGACCCCGGAGACACCGAACAACCCGAAGGUGAAGAUGGACUUUCUUCCAUUGCACAGGAACCCAUUGUUACCCAUGGAACCCGCUGUAAACCCAAUAGGAAUGCAAAUGCUAAGAAGCCUCAAAACUGUUUAGAAAAACGACCGUCGCGUGACAGCAGAAUGGACAAGUCGAAUAAAUCCGGAUUUCGUGCACGCCGACUACAACUGAGCGAUGUUGACUGCACGCCUGUUUGGGGACUGACACUAAAUGGAUGCCUCCAGGACUUGAAAGAAGUUGCAUGCUGUGUGUGGUUCGCACUAUUCAAUCAAUAUUAG